CGGGAGAAGAGGAAGGCGAGGAGGACUGCGGCUCUGCGGGGAGUUUGGCCCUCGGAGACGAUCUCCGUUCUUCGGAAGGUGACGGCGCAAACGACACCACAGGCCGCGACGAGGAAAACGGCGAUGCGGCCGAGUCUGGUGCCGGAACCAGUACAGGCUGGGCAGAAGCCAUGGCGAAAAUUCUCAGCAAAAAAACUCCGCAGAGUAGACCCACCAUUCUGGUCAAGAAUAAAGAGCUGGAGCAGGAAAAGAAGAAAGAAAAACAAGAGAGGCUGGAGAAAAGAAAGCAGCUUGAUAAGAAGCGGGAGUGGGAAAUGAUGUGCAGAGUGAAGCCAGAUGUUGUUCAAGACAAAGAAAAAGAAAGAAAUCUGCAGAGAAUCGCGACGAGGGGCGUGGUUCAGUUAUUUAAUGCAGUUCGGAAGCACCAGAAGAACGUUGACGACAAAAUGAAAGAAGCUGGAGGGUCCAUGCGGAAACGUGCGAAGUUGAUGUCAUCCGUUUCCAAAAAAGAUUUCAUUAGUGUCCUCAGGGGGAUAGAAGGCGGUAAAAAUGAAGAGAGUGCUUCUGGGAAGACCUCCCAAGUCAAACAGGCCAAAGUGAAAUCAGAAGAAGGCCCAGGUUGGAACAUAUUGCGUGAUGACUUCAUGAUGGGAGCGUCUAUGAAAGACUGGGAUAAAGAAAGUGAUAAAGAGGACAGUGCAGAACCUGGCUCUGACAACGGACAAGAUAAUGAAAGUGACUCUGACAGCUGAAAAUGCAGAGAAAAAAGAAUUUGAUUUAACUUAUCUAAUUUGUUGGCAAAAACUCCUAUUUCUUGAACACGUUGCAUUUUGGGGAUUACAGAAGUACUUAUCCCGCCCACCCCCCCCCUUUUUUUUUUUUUUUACUUUUUGGAGAAAGCGAAAAAACCUUCCUUCACUUACCCAAUUUUGAAUUUUCCUUUUAACAUAUUAAAUGACAACAUUCUGAGAUAUUUUCCAAAAUGUGUAAUUUUCUACAUAUUUCCAAACUAUUUUGUACAGUUUAAACAGAGGUGUCCGUCCCACUGAACGUUCAUGUGCCGUGAUCAUUGAAAGAUUUCAUUUUAGCCGUG